AUGUUCAUAGGUUGCUGUCUGUGUCCUGCAAGCAAAGAAAUUUUACCUGAAAAAUCAGUCAUUAAUGUACAUUGGAAAACCCAUAACAGAAAGAAAUGUCUGAAGUGUGAGAAAUGCUUUGGGUGGAUUUCCUAUCAAAGAAUUCACACAGGGGAGAAGAAACAUAAGUGCCUGGACUGUGGGAAAAGCUUCAGUCAGAGUGGAAGCCUUACUUAUCAUCAAAGAAUUCACACAGGGGAGAAACCAUAUAAAUGCCUGGAGUGUGGAAAAUCCUUUCGUCAGAUUGGAAUCCUCACAUCCCAUCAAAGAAUUCACACAGGAGAGAAACCAUAUAAAUGUCUUGAGUGUGGGAAAAUCUUCCGUCAAAUUGGAAACCUUACGUCCCAUCAAAGAAUUCACACCGGGGAGAAACCAUAUAAAUGUCUGGAGUGUGGAAAAACCUUCAGUCAGAGUGGAAACCUUACUUCCCAUCAAAAAAUUCACACAGGGGAAAAAAAAUAUAAAUGCCCAGAGUGUGGAAAAAGCUUCAGUCACAGCUCCAACCUGAAUUUACAUCAAAGAAUUCACACAGGGGAGAAACCAUAUAAAUGCAUGAAGUGUGGAAAAAAUUUCAGUUGCAGUGGAAGACUUACGUACCAUCAAAGAAUUCAUACAGGGGAGAAGAAGUAUAAAUGUCUGGAAUGUGGAAAAAGCUUCAGCAGGAAUGGAAACCUUACUUCCCAUCAAAGAAUUCACACAGGAGAGAAACCAUAUGAAUGCCUAGAGUGUGGGAAAACUUUCAGUCACUGUGGGAAUCUUACUGUCCAUCGAAGAGUUCACACAGGGGAGAAACCAUAUAAAUGCCUGGAGUGUGGGAAAAGGUUCAGUCAGAGGGGAAAACUUACUUCCCAUCAAAGAAUUCACAGAAGUGAAACCAUACAAAUGCCUGGCGUUAAGAAAGACAUUGCAUCAAACCAAAUUGGGUUAGAAGUAAUGUAA